AUGAAAGUGAUCAAACACUGUGCAUCUCGUUUUCCCACCGUCGCAACUGGUUUCAUCACUGGUAUGGAAAGCAAUGGGACCCUCGAAGUCACCAACUGCUUCCCUUUCCCCGUCGUCGACCUACCACCAGAGGCGCAGUAUGAUCAACAGCACUUUAACAGCGCUGCUGCGGCGCCCCGAGCGAAGUCGAACACACAAUAUCAAGCUGAAUACAUCAGGAUGCUACGAGAGGUCAACGCAGAUGCGAACAAUGUGGGGUGGUAUACAAGUGCCAACUUGGGCAAUUUUGUAAACACCAACUUCAUCGAGAACCAGUUUCACUACCAGAAAGAGUUGAACGAAAAGACGGUUGCGUUAGUCCACGACGUCAGUCGCAGCUCCCAAGGUAUCAUGAGUAUCCGAGCCUUCAGAAUAUCUCCUCAGUUUAUGACCGCCUACAAGGAGAACAAAUUCACCACUGAGAACCUCUUAAAGUCCGGAUUGAAAUAUACCGACAUUUUGGUUGAGCUUCCUGUGACUGUCCACAAUUCCCACCUGGUCACCACAUUCCUGCAACAAAUCCCUAAAAUGCUGUCGUCUGGUGUCAUGAGACCUCCAACCUCUGUGGCUGAGAUUGAGAACAACCCAAUCAUCAAGAACGACACCUUGGCACCAAACUUCGAGAGCCUCACUAUCUCCAUCGAUCCUUACCUGUCCCAAACAGCCGACAACUUGCUUGACUCAAUUGAGACUCAUCAUGUCGAGGCUAACAACUUCUCCUAUUAUCAGCGAGCGAUGGCUCGAGAGCAGGCUAAAAUUCAGCAAUGGCAAGCCAAGCGCAAAGCUGAGAACGCCGCUCGAGCGCUCUCCAAACAGCCACCGCUACCCGAAGACGAGUGGCAGAGACUGUUCAAGUUGCCGACGGAGCCAAGUCGCCUGGAGAGUAUGUUGAACAGCCGACAAGCCGAACAGUACGCGCGCCAAGUCGACGGCUUCGUUGCUGGUACAACUGGAAAGAUGUUCGCUGUCCGUGGUAACUUGCUCCCCAACGAAGCCAAGGAUGAGUGA